AUGCGUGCCAUAGUGUCAAGUGUCUGUGUUAUCCUUCUGUCGGUUGUCGUGGUGAACGGGUCGUUGAAUGAUGAGUAUGACAGUGAUAAGCGAUACCAUCCGCGACUCGCCGAUGAAAAUGCUCCUGUGAAGUCCUCCAGGAAUGCCGAAGAUGAGCAAACGAUCGAAUACUGGAGAAAUCAGGCCAAAGCAACAGUGGAAAAGCAUUCGAAACGAACAGAAAACAAGAACAUUGCCAAGAAUGUGAUCAUGUUCCUGGGCGAUGGAAUGUCCAUCUCCACCGUUGCACUGGCAAGAAUUCAUGCAGGAGGUGAAGAGACUCCGCUAUCCUUCGAAAAGUUCCCUUACACCGGUAUGGCGAAGACGUACUGCGUCGACUACCAGGUACCCGAUUCGGCUUGCACAGCCACAGCUUACUUGACUGGUGUCAAAGGCAAUAUGGACACUAUCGGUGUUAAUGCGCACGUGAAGGUUGGAGACUGUGUAGCUGGACAGAAUCGAUCACAUCAUACAACUUCCAUCGGUCAGUGGGCAAUCGAUGCGGGAAAAGAUUCCGGAAUAGUCACUACGACACGUGUCACACACGCUUCCCCGGCCGGAAUCUAUGCACAUACAGCGUUCCGAGACUGGGAAGACGAUUUCUACGUGAAAGAGGACGGUUGUGAUCCGGACGUUGUUGAUGAUAUUGCGGAGCAGUUGGUGUAUGGUGAGACGGCUCCACGACUGAGGGUAAUUCUAGGUGGAGGACGUCGCGAGUUCAUGGAUCGGAACAUCCAUGAGGAUUAUGAGACUGGUCGAGGAGGAUACCGAUCCGAUGGAAGACAUCUGAUCAAUGAGUGGAUCCGGAAUGGUCCCGUCGGAGAGAACCGAACGUUUGUGUGGAAACGAUCGGAUCUGCUGGCAGUGGACCCUCACCGAACGGAUCGAUUACUUGGAAUGUUUGAACCUAGCCAUUGUGCAUAUAAUUUGGAUAAAGUGGAAAAUAACUUGGACGAAGAACCGACGCUCUCCGAGAUGGUGGACAAGGCAACGGAUAUCCUCAGCACAAACCCGAAUGGGUUCUUCCUAUUCGUGGAGGGAGGUCGCAUUGAUCAUGCACAUCAUGAUAAUCGUGCUAAAUAUUCUAUUGACGAAACGGUAGAGUUCGCGAAAGCAAUCGAGCUGGCACGCAACAAGUUCAGCGAGGAAGACACCUUGAUUGUGGUGACGUCAGAUCACUCGCACAGUGUCAGCUUUGCUGGGUAUCCGAGUCGUGGAAAUGACAUCUUUGGCACGGCUGGAAAUGGCGGCGAUGGAGUUCCUUACAUGACCAUCAGCUACGCCAAUGGACCGGGCUAUAGGAAACAUGUUGAUGUGGAAGCUGGCAAACGGCUGGAUGUACGUCAGAUGGAUCGAUCGAAGGCAAACUUUGAUUUCCCUGCCAUGCUACCGAAGAAUUCUGAAACACACGGCGGGGAGGAUGUGGCCGUGUACGCAUCCGGACCAUGGUCGCACCUGUUUACCGGGACGUACGAGCAGAACCUCAUUCCACACAUGAUGGCGUACGCUUCGUGCCUUGGAAGUGGGAUGAAGGCAUGUGAUUGA